AUGGAGGACAACCUAGACGAAAUAUCCGCUCAAGGCUCCUCCUCAGUGGCUUAUCGGCCCCAAGGCAAACGCAUUCGAGUCAUACAGCAGUUUGUAGAAACAAUUCUUGAGGAUGACACAGCUUCUGAACCACCACGCCAGCCUUCUGAGCAAGAUGAAGAAGUACACCUGUACGAUUUCAUCGGUGCUGUAGGCAUCCAGAAGGAUCGUCGAGGGAAGAAGUCAGUGCGGUAUCACGUCAAAUGGAAAGGUUAUGGUAUCAAGGCUAUGACGUGGGAGCCGGAGGGCCAUAUUUUUGAAGGAGAUUUGCUGAAGUUAUGGUCAAAGUAUGGUCGGAUCUACGUCCGCAACAGAAAGGGCCGGCAGGUAAUCAGGCAUUGUAAGCAGCAACUCCAUCAUUAUGAUCCAACAGAAGUCCACGGAAGCAAAGCUCCGGAAACGGCUCAGGCCCACCACGUCACACCACCGGGAUCGCCGGAGAACAUCGAAGAGCCUUGUGAGCAGAAUGUUGAACGAGAUGGUGGCGGCGAUGGUCUUUUUCUUUCCCAAAAUCCUAAAGCACCAGCAGAAUUGGAUGGUGGCGAUGGUGAUGAUUUGCCUCGAUGUACUCCGCCGACCUCGCCUACGUCUCGUCACUCCCCUGCACCUCCACAACAAGGCUUUGCUCGGCUCCGUGAUGCACAUCAACAUCCAUUGGAAAGCAUUCCUCAACUCGAGGUUCUUGAGACGUCUCAGGGGCUAUUGAACGAAGAGGUUACGCCCUCGAGCCAAUCAGACAUUCAUGAGAUCAACCCUACGGAGACGAUCGGCCCAGCGUCUGUGGUUAGCAAUGUGUCUGUACAACAUGCAAGCAUCUCGCACGAUAAGGCGAGAAGGAAAAAGUGGUUCACUCGCACCACAACCGGCUGCCUCUCCUGUCGCAGAAGAAGAGUGAAAUGCGACGAACAUCGCCCGUCAUGUGUUAAUUGUGUUCGUCGGAAGUUGCCUUGUGAAGGAUACGAUUCAGGUCCUCAAUGGAUGAAACCCCAGCCUACCACUAUGGACCCCAUGGGACGGGAUCUCGGCGUGAUGGACAUGACUAUGCUUGGAAUGGCCCAACAUUCCGAGAGCCAUGGUCGGAUAUCAAGCCAUUUUCUCCCUAACAAGUGUCUGAGCCACUCCGACGAGUAUCACAAGAAGCCAAGAUACCUUCCAAGUCUAGCAGAGCUGGAUUGGGCGACAUUGGGAAAGUAUGGUCAUGCAGAAUGGCCUCUGAAACCCAAAGACGCCCACGGACAGCAAAGCUCCUUAUUGACGGAGGAUACUCCGAGACCUAUACAGUGUUCAAAUCUCCGCCCUAUCUCAUACUACACUCGCGCCUUGUCAAUCUAUACGGGCCCUCCACUGCCGGUCGAACCGUCUGUACUAUAUGGCAGUGACAUUGCCCAACAAUCGCGACUUGGAGACUUGCCCAGCCCACUUCGGCGCAUUACCGAACUAUACGACCUUUCUUCAGCCGGUCGAGCCCUCUUCACCAACCGUGAGUGA